UUCGAGUCAUUUAAGAAAAAUAUAACAUCAAAUUAACCUUUUUCUCCGUAUAAUAUCAUUAAACUUCCAUAUGUUUACAAUUAAACGAUAUAGUAACUGCGAAAAGCAAACGUGUAAACUAUUACCAACUUAAAUCAGCAUAAACUGGAUAGAAACGAGAGUUUUUUUCUUAAACUUUCGUAAAGUCAAAACAUUGGAUGUGUGACACGAGAGUUCUCCGCGCAAAAUGUCGAAAAUAAAGAAACUAACGGGCUCGUUCCGCUAUACGCAAUGGGAUCCGUGUCUAAUAAUUUCACAGAUAGUGGCAAUGCAGUCCGUAAUGUAUCUAACACUUUGUUUGCUGACGGCUAUCAUGCAGGACCUCACAGGUUCUACUAGGACUUUGGACCAUCUAUUUGAGUAUCAUGAGAUACAUGUAAGGGACAAUGAGGGCAGAUCUGUGAUAGCUGCAUUUGUUCUGAAUGCAGUUAUUGGAUCGUUCAUGCUGUGGAACAUUGUUGGUCGGACUAAGUUGUGCUUAGACUUCAGCUGCACCUACCAUGGCAUCCACCUAAUAGUCUGCUGGAUAUACAACGGAGUCUUCCCAACCACCUUCUCCUGGUGGACCCUGAACAUAGCCUGUGCAGCCAUCACCUGUGUGACGGGGGAGUUCCUGUGUCUCCGAACGGAGCUGCAGGCAAUCCCGCUCAGUAAUAUAGGCUCCAAAGUGGACUUAUGAAAGUUAAUGAAAUAUAGACUUGAUAGCAACUUGCAAGAUAUGCUCAGAUCUCUGUCGUAGUUAUAUUAUACUAAUUCUAGUUAUCGUAGUGUAAUGCCUAAAUGAGGGAAAAUCAUCUAUUCAAAUUCAAAAUAUAAUAGUAGCCAGCCUCGUCAACUAACGCCGUAAACGAACGACGCUGGGGUGGUCCAUCCCAGCAGUAUGCCUGAGUAAUGAGCAUAUGCUCUAGGCCCGUACCCGGCGGCCCAAAAGGCCCCGCGGAAGAACCUCCUGCUGCUUCAAAAUAUCUUUAUUCAUGUUGGUCUAUUACAGACUUAUGAUAUGUGAAAUCUACCGUCAGUUCCGAAUGAUUUCGAGAUAAGAACUGACAAGAAACUCAGCUCCUAUUCUUUUCAAAUAAAUGAUGAACAUGUUGACA